CGGGUUUAGAGGUACAUUAAGUCUCGGGUCUCGCAGUUUUAACUUCGCACACUUUUAAUAAAUUAUUCGGUCGAUGAUUAUUUGAUUCAUUUUCUACAAAGUUUCAAUCAAAAAAUACGUAAGGUAAAACACAAUCCAAAUUAUUUAAUUAUUGAUUCUCUAUAUUGGUCAUAUAAAGAUGUUUAUUUAUUUAUUUGUCGUUUUUUUUUUUUUUUAACUGAGAAAAACAUUUUUGCUAGAAAUCUUAAUCCGAUUUUAAAUCUCCUCACAUCUGUGGAUUAACAACGUGGGACAUUAUUAGAGAGAUAAGUUAUUUUUUUUUUAUUUUUUUUUUUUUUCGUACUUUUCGCUUUCUAGAUCUUUCGUCCGUCUAUUCUAGUACAAGUAUUUUUACGAGUGGCAAUAAUUAAUUUUACAUUCUACGUUUCAUCUAUUAUUUUUACUUCGUUCAAAACUUUUUUUUGAAAAAUAUAAAAAAUCUUGUGUGGAACCUCAUUUGUCCGAAAACAAUUUCUUUUCAACCCUGAAUGGUAAAGUGACAAUUAAUAAUAAUGGUAAUGAAACAUUUUAGAGUUGCUUAGUUCUUAAAUUGUCAAACUAAUAUUUUAAAAAAAUUAGCUAUUACUUUUAAUUAAUUGCCUUGUGUAUUAAUCAUUUCGACUUCCAAAGAGUCUAUAUUGUUAGGAUGCAGAUGUUUCAUGUUCUUCGUUCAGCAAACUUCAAUUGCUCAAUUUUUGGUUAUCCGGUAACUGAAACACAGUCGAUGGUUUUCUCAGUGUUUAUAGUUUUUGCUAUAUUGUUAUGUUAUGACAAAUGGAAUCGUCGGCCCUAUGAAGCAUUAGCUAACAAAUUGAAAGGUCCGCCGAAUUACCCGAUUAUAGGGUCAUGUUUGGAAGGCUUUGGUGGUAAGAGAAAAAAAUCAUUUUAUGUUUGUAUUGUAUUUAUCCAAAUACUGUACAUGAGGUAUCUUAUAAUUGCUAGAUUACUACGAAAAAGCUUUGAAUUAUGGAUCAUCAUACAAAUACGGUUCAUUUAAAUUAUGGGCUGGUAAUAAAUUUAUCGUUUUCAUUUCUAAGCCAGAAGAUCUUCAAGUAAUUAUUUGUUAUGAAUAAAUAAUUUAAAAAUAUCGGUAUAAAUUUCAACAUUUAUCUUGAACAUAUAAUGUAUUAAAAAGAAUUACCACGGUUAAUUAACGUACGUUUAAUAUUCAUUCGACCAUAUUACAAAUGUACAAUACUACUUUGGGUUUAAAAAGUAAACAAAAAAAAUAAGCAUUCAAAUUUUAUAGUCACAUAUGAUAAAACAUUCAAUUGAAAAGAAACUAAAUUAACUUCAAAAUAGUAAUAUCUCAAACCUAACAUAUCAAAUGCCUAUAAUAGGCUUAAUUAUCACAGUAUUCUAUGAAAAUUAUAGGUCUUUUAUCAGUUAGUAUUAAAUAAAUAAAAAUAUAAACAGGUAAAGUGGACAUUUUUCCUGUUUUUAUAUGGUUAUAUCACUUUUCUGUUAACCUACCCCUCCAUCCCCCAAACAAGUUGGGACAGAAAAAUAAUCCACCGAGUAUGUGAAAUGAGAAUGAUUUUCCUUUCUACGAGUUAAUAAAUUACAAUCAUAUUAAUACUGGCUAAUGAUAAAAUAUAAUGAUAGUAUGUAAACCAAAAUUAUAGUGUACUAUAAUGUAAUGAAAUUAUACUUUUCCAAAAAAAAAACAAUGUUAUGUAGAAAAUAAAAUACCGUACAUAAACAAAAGUAAAACCCAGUUUAAUCUUUCCAAAAAAAUAUUAUAAAACACGGGCUUUAUUAUAAACAAUACAUAAUAAAUUCAAUUUCAAAAAUAAUUUUGUUCAGAUUAUUUUAAAUAGUUCGAAAAAUUUGAAAAAAGGAUUCUUCUGUAAUAUGGCUACUAAACUUCUGGGUGAGGGCUUGUUAACAGCUCCAGGUACGUUUUAUUGUUUUUUAGUUUAGCACAAUUAAUCUUAACGUUCAACUAUGGUUUACCUAUUUAUUAAUGUAGCUAUAAUUUCAAAUAGGUUUUCUUUAACCGAACCUAACCUGGGUAAACAGGUCUACUAAUAUAUUUUUUUUUUUAUUGUUUUCAAGUUAAAAGUUAGGAUAUAUACUAUAAUAAUUAGUUCCACCAUUCAAAUCAUCGCAUUGCUCAAAUGUCUUAUUAAAAUUAUUACAGUAGAUAAAUGGAAAAUACAUCGACGUUUGAUAAAUCCAUUGUUUAAGUACGAAAAUAUAAAAGAAAUGUUUUUCCCGGUUUUUCAAGAGAAAUCAAAACUACUAAUUCAGAAUCUACAAAAGGAAAUGGGUAAAACACAACCGUUUGAUAUAUUGGACUAUGCAUCAGAUAUUAUUCUUAAUACAGUUUGUCGUAAGUAUUAGAAUCUCUUCUACUAUGGAUAUGUGUGAAUGUGGAAUACAUUGUACCAUACUAUUAUACUUGCAGUGAUUACUAUUAGUAAUAUUAUUGAUGCUUAAUUGCCUUUUUAGAAACAACAAUGGAUUACAACCUCGACUCUCAAACAGAUAUGGGUUUCAAAAAGUGUGUCACAAAGUAAAACAUUUACACAUUAACGAACUAAAUUACAAUUAAUAUGUUAGGUCAUCUAGUUAUGGACUAAAAUAUUAUUUAUUUGCAGAGGCUUUGAAUUGAUAGUUCAUAGAGCAACUAAAAUUUGUUUGUAUCCAGAAAUUAUAUAUAAUCUUUAUAUCAAAUUGUUUGACUAUGAAAAAUAUUAUACAAAUGUACAAAACUUACCAAAGCAUGUAUGUGUAUGUGGGAUAUAAAAAUAGAUGAAAUGUUUUUUAACAUUAAUUUUAAUUUUUCAGAUAAUCGAGAAAAAGAAAAAUGAAUUAGCACAAAAAUUUAAAAAUAAAUUCAGAACAGACACAGAUCUAAAGGAUGGCGAAAGUAAGUGAUAGUUUUAAUAAAAUACUACCGGAUAGUUUUUUAUUAACCAAACUGUAGGUGGUUAUCGUGUUAAUUGUGUUAAGUCAAAAACAUUGAUAAAUUUAAAUUCUGUAAUUGUACAAGUUAUUAUAACUAAAAGUGGUUUUUUUUUUUUAAUUAUUUAGAGAAAUGUUUUCAAGGAUUAGUAGAAACUUUAAUGGACUCAAACGAAGCCGGAUUGGGCUUGAGCGAUGAGGAUAUUAAGAGUCAUGUGAUAACUAUAGUAGCGGGUGUAAGAUCAAAAUACUCCAAAUACUUUGAUACCACAAGCAAUAAAUAAUUAUUAUAUUUAUAGGGUUUCGAAACUACUUCAUUGACUGUUAGUUAUUGUCUUUUGUUAUUAGCUAUCUAUCCGGAUAUUCAA